UCAUUAUUGGACUUGAUAGUAGAGGUGGUGUUCUCUUGGUGGCUUCUUGGAAGACUUUUUUAGGAAGUUGCUUAGGAACCUUUAUCCAACAUGUGUGAUCAGUUCUUGGGAACUUGGAAGCUGGUUUCCAGUGAUAAAUUCGAUGACUACCUUAAAGAACUUGAUGUGGGCUUUGCUACCCGGAAGAUGGCUAGUGUUGCCAAGCCUAAUGUGACCUUCAUCCGCAAUGGAGAUAUGAUAACCAUGAAAACGGAGAGCAGUUUAAAGAACUCAGAAAUUUCCUUCAAAUUGGGGGAAGAAUUUGAUGAGACCACAGCAGAUGGCAGGAAAGUAAAGAGUACUGUGACACUAGACAACGGCUCCCUCAAUCAGGUGCAGAAAUGGGAUGGCAAAGAGACCACAAUAAAAAGGAGAAUAGAGGAUGGCAAGCUGCUUGUGGAAUGCUGUAUGAAUGAUGUUGUCUCCACUAGAGUCUAUGAGAAAGCAUGAAAACUGCCUUUUGUGCAGACAGCAGUGCCCUGAAGCAUAGAAUGAAGCUCAGCUCUGGAGCAAAACCUCACAAAACAAUUCUGCUCUUCAAAGAAUCAAAUUGUUGACAAGCUAAUUCAAAUGCACCCUGUAUCUAAUCUGAAGUGUUGUGGUUAUUCAAUAAAGUCCUCACCCUGAGAUGAGGAAGAAAAUCUA